AUGGCUACCCCCAAUGUCCUUACCUUUGAUGCUGAGGGUCGUGUUGUUGACUUUGAGGUCUGGGUCGAUGACCUCCAGCUGUUCCUAGAGUACGAUAGGGCAGACGAACUCUCCCUGUUCGAUCUCACCUCUGGUGCCUCUCCUGCCCCGCGUGCUACUGCUGACAGCACUUCGGUCGGCGCUGCGUCUGCUCCUAGCGGGAAACGCCGCAUCGGCAAGGGCAAGGAGGGCAAGGGCGCUGGAGGGGCUGGCGGGGGCGGUGGAGGUGGUGGUGGAGGUAGUGGAGGGGGUGGGGGUGGUGGUGGGAGUGGUGGCGGCUACACCAACACCAUUGGCUCCCAUGACCUUGGCAUUCCCAACACCAAUUACAGGGAGCAAAGCACCUGA